AUGAUUUAUCCAAGUUUAUUGCAUAUUUCAUUUUUCAUUUUUCCUACUUAUCCUGCUGGUCUUUUAAGAAUGUUAGCACAUGAUCUAUCGAAAUUUCUUCGCAUGUUGAUGAAUAAUGGAUAUCCUCUUCUUCAUUCGUUUUCAAUUAUUGAAAUAAAAAAAGUUGUUGAUGAUGAAAAUAUUUGUCAAUAUAAUCCAGCAAAUACUAAUAAUUCAUUUCCACCAUCAAUACAAUUUGGUCUUGUUUGGAAUUGGAGAAUAAUGGAUGAUAGUCGAAGAUUUAUUUGUCAACGUGGGACGAAUUUAGAUUCAACACAUUUAAUGAUGAUUAAUGAUAAAAAUACUAUUGAAGUUAUUAUUUUAUCAAAUGGGAAUAGGACUUUAGAAAAUCAAUUCUCGACGAAAGUUUAUAAUACAUUGGCGAAUAUUCAAUUAAUGCUUUUUGAUUGUCUUGAAAGUAAAAUUUAA